AUGGAGCAGGAGGUGGGUGCGAGUGUGAAGAUCCAGGCAGCCACGCAGGUCCUAGGCGCCACAGACCUCAGGGACCCCACGUGCCACGAACGUUGGGGAAAGGGGCGGGGCCUGACUCGCGGCCUCAUUUCCUCCUCAGGACGCCAUUCGGGUGCGGGCUCCGUGAGGAAGGCCCGAGUGGACACGCAGGAGCCCGCAGUGGGCACCGGCGGAGCCGCGGGAGGAGGAGGAGGAGAAGAAGGAGAGCAUAGAGGGCAGAAUCGUCCUCGUGCUCCCGAAGACCAGCGCAGCCCCGGCCGUUCUUCAGCGGGCGAAGGCCGCAGUGACGACGAAGACGACGUCCGGGAGCCGCGCGGCGCUCAGGAUCCCGGUAACGAGGCUGCUGCGGGCGACCCCGACGAGGGAGGCCCUGUCCAGCAAGGGGGGCCUGGUGAAGGAGCAGCUGCUGCGCCCCAGGACGCUCAGGCACCACUCGCCUCCGGGCCCAGCGGAGCUGCUGUGAUGGCGAGGGGAAAUCGUCUCCUGGAGUUCUCUGUUACAGUGCCUUUCCGUUCCCCUCUGGAAGCACACAUGGCUCGCACGUCUUUGAUCUCAAAUGCUCAGCUCCAACAAAUGAUGGUUCAGCAGGAGUUCACAGUGGAUAACAGUACCCUGUCUGCUAGGUUGACGUCUGAAGACCCUAUUCUCUUCCGAAUUUCCAUUAACAUCUUCCAUGACCAGUUUUUCCUGGUGUUGAGGAACAUUCAGAAUCAAGAGUUAGUGGCAGAUGUAAAAUGA